AUGGAGCUUUUGCUCCUUCACUACCCCUUCACCUGCCUGUUCAUCACUCUGCUGGUCCUUUACCAGGUGAAACCUGCCUUCAGGUACUUCUGCAAGAUGACCUUUUAUAAGCUGUGGCUCUUCUCCUUCAGCAUUCUGGUUAUUCUGCUCAGCAUCCCUCGUGGGCGCAGCCUGGAGAACAUCAAGUUCAUGCGGAUGACAUUCCUGCCGCUCAAGCACAUCUUUGGGAUCGAGAUAGUGGUGAAGGGCAAGGAGAACCUCAGGAACAAGAAACCUUUUGUGCUUGUGUUGAACCACCAGACCUCCCUGGACAUCAUGGUGAUGAUGGACAUCCUGCCGAGCCGCUGUGUGCCCAUUGCCAAGAAGGAGAUCCUCUACAUGGGCACCUUCGGCCUGGCCUGCUGGCUCUCGGGGGUCAUCUUCAUCGACCGCAAGAGGAGAGAAGAGUCCAUCACCACCCUGACAGAGGUGGCAGACUCCCUGCACAAGGAAAAUUUCCGUGUCCUGAUCUUCCCCGAAGGAACUCGCAACCACGGCGGCUCCCUGCUGCCCUUCAAGCGUGGAGCCUUCCAGCUGGCUGUCAAAGCCCAGGUCCCUGUUAUUCCUGUGGUGAUCUCUUCCUACUGUGACUUCUACAGCCAGAAGGAGAAGAGAUUCACACCAGGCAGAAGCAUCAUCCAGGUGCUGCCAGAAGUGGAGACCACUGGCCUUGGCCCAGAUGAUGUUCCCAAGCUGACCGAGCAGGUCCGUGACUCCAUGCUAGCCACCUACCAGAGGAUAUCAGGAAUGACCAACGGGGCUCCCCACCAGGAAUCCUAG